AGCAUCUUGCAAAGCUCAGACGUGCCUCCCAAGCAGAUUGGCAGAGAUUUGAAGAAAGCAUGGGGCUUCUCAGCAUCUUGAAAAAGAUGAAGAAGGAAGAGCAGGAGGCCCGAAUUCUCGUACUGGGCCUGGACAACGCGGGCAAGACAACAAUCCUGAAAAAGCUGUCUGAAGAGGACAUUACGCACAUCAUGCCCACCCAGGGCUUCAACAUCAAGAGUAUCGUUCAAGACGGCUUCAAGCUCAAUGUGUGGGACAUCGGCGGUCAGAAGGCAAUUCGACCCUAUUGGAGCAACUACUUUGAGAACACCGACGCACUGGUCUACGUUAUCGACUCUUCUGACCGUCGGCGCCUGGAAGAAAGCAGCGCAGAGUUGCGGGAAUUGCUGGCGGAGGACAAGCUUGCCGCUAUUCCCAUGCUUGUGUACGCCAACAAGCAGGACUUGCUGCAAGCAUCUCCAGCAGAUGAGAUUUCCGAAGUCAUGGGACUUGCCAGCAUUGAUGACCGAGUGUGGACAAUUCAGGCAUGCAGCGCCAAGAGCGGCGAAGGUCUUCAGGAAGGCAUGGAGUGGCUGAUCGGAGCAACGCGAAAGUGAGCUGAAUUCUGGAACAGUCUUGCAGCCCAGCUUGGCCCUUCGUUUCCGGGCUUCGCUUUUCGUGUAUGGCCCUGAAACACCGGGCAUGCUUCUUUUGCUUGUCGGUAAGCACGCACGUUUCACCAAUCUAGCUGCGAAUUUCCCGAUUGAUACGACUCGGCUGCAAUGCCAGAGGCUAACUGGAAUGCAGAGACACCUGCAUUUGAGAGGAA